GCGAGGCGGAAAUCUCUCGCGCCCGGUCGAGGGACUGCCCGCUUAGAGGAAGGUGCCUGACAAUGUUCUGGGCGUUUGAGCGUGAAGCGCUUGCAAACCGACCAGACAAGAUCAUGGCAACUCAGAGUUCCACGUCACUGCAGGAUUUGAUUCGGGAAGAUUUUUUGACUUGCAAAAUCUGCUAUGACCUGUAUGUGGUGCCCAAAAUCUUGCCAUGCCUGCAUACCUACUGCCAAAAAUGCCUAGAGCCCUUGGUAGAAAAUGGGACCAUACAUUGUCCUGAGUGCCGUCUGCAGUCGGAAGCUCCUGGAGGUUCUGUGGGGCUGAAGACCAAUUUCUUCAUUAAUAGCCUCUUGGAACUGUUCCAGAUGAAGCGCAACAAGGACCUAGAGUGCACAGUCUGCUCUAGUGCUCAGAAAGUUGUGGCUGCCACUGCCCGUUGCCUGGAUUGCAAGGAUUUCUUGUGCCAAAUAUGUUCCCAGGGCCACUGCUGCUCCCGCCUCACUCUGCACCAUAAGGUGGUGAACCUGGAAGAGUUCCUUGCAGGGCAUUAUGACACUGAGGUAAGAUUUUUACAGGAACUGUGGUGCCAAGAUCACCCACAGGAGGCGCUCCGUUUCUUCUGUGAUACCUGCAGCAUGUCCAUCUGCAGGGAUUGUCGCAUGCUGGACCAUUUCCAGCACAAAGUGGUAUCCAUGUCCAGUGCAGUCCAGCAGAAACGCCCUUCUGUAGAGCAGUUGAUCAAGAGCUUGCAGGGAACAAUUACCUGCAUCUCUGAACAAGAGAAAGCUGUGGAGGAGGCAAUGGACAAACUAAAAGUAGAGAGCGAACGUGUCAAGGAGAAGAUCUGCAAGUAUGUGGAAGAUAUCACUACUUACAUCUUUGCCCAGAAGGACUGUGUUUUGGCAAAACUGAAUGCCUUCCUAACAGAGCAGCUGGAGCGUUUUUGUUUAGCACAGAAG